AUGGGAAACCUUUUUGCAAAGUUUACAACUAAACAUAAACCUUAGUUAAUCAUGUUGGGAUUAGAUGCAGCAGGAAAAACAACUAUUUUAUAUAAAUUAAAAUUAGGAGAGAUUGAAAGUUUAAUUCCAAUAAUUGCAUUUAAUUUAGAGAAAAUUUAAAGUAAAUAAUUUGAUAUAAUUGCUUGGGAUAUUGGAGGAGCUGAUAAAAUAAGAACAUUUUGGAAGCCUUACUUUUAGAAUAGCAAUGGAUUAAUUUAUGUUAUUGAUUGUUCUGAUAAAUAUAGAAUGAGCGAAGCAAAAGAAGAAUUACAUAAAUUGCUGCUUGAUACUUUACUUCUUGGCUUACCAACUUUAAUAUAUGCAAAUAAAUAAGACUUAUCAUAAAUGAGCUCUUCUGAUUUAGCUUCUGAAUUAAAUCUUAAAAAAUUUGCUAAGAAUUGGCAUAUACAACCUUGUUGUGCAAUUACAGGCGAAGGACUUGAAAAUGGUCUAAAAUGGAUUUAAGAUUAGUUAGUACUUAAAUGA